UUCCCGAUUCAGCCAAUGCGAUGACGACACUUUCUCUUUCCUACCUCUCUACUUCCAUCUUAUGUUACAGAGUAGCAAGAAAACGACAUUUUCUAUUGACAAAGCUCCUUUUUUCUGCUUUAUAUAUCAAUUUUGUUGGACCUUUUAUAACCCAUUUACGGAGUAUUAUUUAUUUGUUUUUGAUAAGUACAAAUAAUAUAUAGAAUCUCAGAUUUUCAAGCCCUUUUAAUGAUAACUGUCAUCAUCAUCUUCAGUAAGCACAAGAUAUGAGCUGUGGCUGCUUUGGAAACCCUUCUUCACAGAGAAAAAAGACUCCUGUCCUAGCUCUUAGAGAAGUGGAGGGGCACUUGCUUGAGAACAUCAGACGUUUCUCGUACAAUGAAUUACGAGUAGCAACAAAUAAUUUUAAUUCGAGCAAUAAAAUAGGGCGUGGAGGAUUUGGAAUAGUAUAUAAGGGAAUCUUCAAAAGUGGACUGCAAGUUGCUGUUAAAACACUCUCGGCUGAAUCAAAACAAGGAUUACGUGAAUUUUUGACUGAAAUAAACAUCAUUUCUAAUGUGAGGCACCCAAACCUAGUUGAGUUGAUUGGAUGCUGCGUUGAAGGAGCUAACCGCAUCUUAGUAUAUGAGUAUGUUGUAAAUAACAGUCUUGACCGUGCCUUAUUAGGUUAUACUAGUGAUCGUAGUAAACUGAACUGGGAAAAGAGAUCUGCUAUCUGUUUAGGUACUGCUAGGGCUCUAGCUUUUCUUCAUGAAGAACUUGUGCCGCGUAUUGUGCAUAGGGAUAUCAAAGCAAGUAAUGUACUCCUUGAUAAAGAUUAUCUACCAAAAGUUGGAGAUUUUGGAUUGGCUAAACUCUUCCCUGACGAUAUCACUCAUAUUAGCACCAGAAUAGCUGGAACAACUGGUUACUUGGCACCAGAAUAUGCUAUGGGUGGUCAUCUGACAAUGAAGGCUGAUGUUUACAGCUUUGGGGUGCUUAUACUUGAAAUAGUUAGUGGCCAAAGCAGUUCUAAGUCAAAUUGGGGUGGAUCAAAUAAAGUUCUUCUGGAAUGGGCUUGGCAAUUGUACGAGGAAGGGAGAUUACUAGAGCUAGUGGAUUCAGAAAUGGGGGAAUAUCCAGAGGAUAAGGCUAUCAAGUACUUGAUUGUGGCUUUCUUCUGCACCCAAGCAGGUGCUAACAGAAGGCCACUGAUGAGUCAAGUUAUUCAUAUGUUGUCUACGAAAACACGUUUGAACGACAAAGAAUUGGCUGCCCCGGGUUUCUUUCCAGAUACCGGUGGUAGUCAAAAGACAUCUGCCGGCAGUUCUAUUCACUUUAGCUCCACCCCCGUCACAAUCACUGAAAUGAUUCCCAGAUGAAGAAUUAAAUCACACAUUAUUUUUUAUUGAUUAUUCCGUAUGAAUUUUUGACAUAUAGAAGAUGAGGAUCAAGAGUUGAGCAUUUUUGAGUCUUUAUUUUAAGGAUGAUUGGUAGUAUCCUAGUUUGAUUGAUGAACAUUAAUUCAGGAAGUAUUUAAGUUAAUAUCAUUGUUAAUUUUUUAAAAUAUUGUUAACGAUAUUAAUUUCUAAUGACAAUUCUAAUAA